AAACAAAGCCAUAGAGGAAAGAAAAAUGCUAUUUUGAUUGUUGUCUGUGUCACCUUGGACCUGAACAGUAUAGAACAGCUCAACUCUCCCAAAAUGGCACUUUUUGUGUCCCACCCGGCCGUUGCUCCCCCUCAGCUUUGCGUCAACGUCAGAGAGGAAGGAAGUGCCAAAAUAAGCAGGACCAGUGGCGCGCCCCGGGUUGAGGGCCGCUUUGUUGUUUGUUUGUUUUUUCUCUCUCGCUCUCUUUUUCCCUCUUGUGCAACUCAGCGUGGGUCACACUCAGGCACAAAGUCGCCAUGAAGAGCAUCAGGGUUUGCGUCCUCCUGCUGCUAGCAUCAGUGCACAUCUUCAUGGCAGCGUCAACAGAUGACAUUGGCGGGAACCAGCGGGCGGAGAGUCCGACGACGGACAAAGCGGUGACAGAAAGCCACUGGGCGGCGUCGACGGGCCGAGCGCCGACGGGCCGAGCGCCGACGGGCCGAGCGCCGACGGGCCGAGCGCCGACGGGCCGCUUAGUGAUGAGCCGAGCGCCCGCCACAGUCGCGCCGCCGGCACAAAGCACGGCAAAACCUGCAGAGAGCGGAAAAGUCCCCACCACGGCGGCGGCGGCAGCGGCAGCAACGACGACCCCUCCCGCCGGGCCCGACGAGAAAAAAGCUGCGGCAAACAGCAGCACCCGCCCGACGCACGUGACCACCAAGCGGCCUCAAGGUGACAGAACGGCGACGGCACGCCGGACGCGCACGGAACUCACCACUACAUGGCCUCCGAUCGGACCUCGGCCCACCUCGGCCCCGCCGCAAACCGCCAACGGUUCGGUCGCGUACGAUUCCGUUGGGACUCACGCAAUGCCUCGGCACCAGACGGGCCAGACCACAGACAAAAGUCCCGGUCCUCAGGUUGGCAGCGCUGACAAAGAAGUCAGAGGAGCAGCCAGUGACAAAAGACUUUGGUGGAUCGUACUGCCCGUCCUGCUGGCCGCCUCCGCCGCCGUCAUCGUCAUCCUCAAGUUCAAAUGCAAAAAGAUCCACGAGCACACGGAGACCAGCGAUACCGGAACAGAGAACGCGUCCUUCCAGAGCCGUCCGGAAAGCACCAAAGACGGCGUCAUGCUUCUCGCCGUCAAGUCGUCAGGCGGCCAGGACCACGCCACAAGCUGAGGCACCAAGACUUCCCUCCGCUCAAGUCACCUCACCUAUAAAUAAAAAAGAAAGAUCAACUUACAA